AUGGCUGCUAAACCAAAGUUUAGCCUAAAACUCCUCAUUGAUGAAGAGAAAAACAGAGUUGUUCUGGCUGAGACUUGUAAAGAUUUUGCAGAUGUACUCUGCAGUCUUUUGACUCUUCCUAUGGGAACCAUUGUCAGGUUGCUGGAGAAGCGUCAUCAGAAUCCUCAGUCUUCUUCAAUCGUAGGUUGCUUUCACAAUCUGUACAAAAGUGUUUCAGACAUGGACAUUGAUAAUUUCAAGACUCCAGGUUGUAAAAACUUGUUGAUGCAUCCAAGGAGUAUGAAGGAGAGUCAUUGCAGGAAGCUAAAGCUGAACGUGGAUGACACUGAGGCGACCAAGUUCUUUGUCUGUCCAAAUUUUGUUUCUGUGGAGUCUUGCUGUAAGGUUUACAGCAAUGUAAGUACGUCAAGAUGUAGCUGUGGAAACUCAAUGGCACGCGAGUUUCAGGUUGAAGAUGGAGAGAAAGACAAAGUGGAUGGAGUGUUUCUCAGCUGCAGAACGUCUUAUAUUGUUACAGAUGAUAUGAGAGUGGCAGUAAACUCUAUGGGACUUGUGCUGAAUGUUCUCAAUGAUCUUGGCUAUUCUGGUUUUGAUAAACUUCAAGAAAUGGUUAUUGAUGUUGGUUUUGAAGAGGUGCUGACACUUCUAGGGUGUUUAUUCACCUCGGAUGCUCCAUUGACAGACACAUUCCUAAGGAAACAUUGUAUGGCAAUGAAGAGUAAAAUGUUGACACCACUGGUCCAAGAAGCUAGAGUUGCAGGAGAAGUCAAUGAAGUUGUCACUUUGAAAGUUUAUGUUAGAAAGUCAGACAAAGCGAUUCUUUAUGCUGAAUGCAGAGAAGAGUUUGUUGAUUUUCUUUUCACUUUUCUUGUGAUACCACUUGAGUUUGCUUGGGAACUCUCUGUUGAUCACUUGAACAUGGGAUGCGUUGGGAAUCUGAGGAGAAGCGUGAAAGAGUUGAGCUUUGAGCAGAGAAGAGAAGCCAUGCUUCCUUAUUACUACAGUUGUCGUAUACAGCUUCUUGAUGUUGUCAUACAAGAAACGCCAGAGUAUGAGUGCUUGGUCUCUCGUCGCAGUUAUAACAGUAGCAGACUCUCCAAAACCAUCAAGAAGAGUGUGCUUGGGGACGGUGAGAGAGUUGCAAAGUUAACUCCAGUGGUGACUUCAGAUUCUGCUAGUAUUGGACUUGUCAAAGGAGAGACUAACUUCAUAGUAUCAGAUGAUCUAGUCGUCACAGCGAUGAACUCAUCCUCAACAAUCUCAUUGCUAAGUAAGUUGCAGAUGAAUAUUAGUGAUAUAGAGGAGCAAAUGAUUAGCAUUGGCAAAGCUCAGGCUAUCAGUUUGCUGAGAGCUUCUUUGAUCACAACCUCUGCAUUAUCUAAUGGUCUCUCCAACUUCCUCUCAAAGAUGAAGCUAAAAGAAGCAGCUCCAUCAACUUUUAAGAUACCAAAAUCUGAAAAAAUCCUCUGA